AUGGGCCAGACCUCUGGCGGAAAUGGUCUUUCAUGGCAAAAAGUGGUCGUGCUCUGUUUGGCAGUUUCACUUGGAACACAGUACCUUCUGCCAAAAGCUUACGACUUCCUGAAGGACGUUGCUUGUAAUGUCGACAUCUUCACGCCAUUGUGCCCGGAGCCGUCACCAGCAGGCGAGGAGACAACCAUUCCACCACGUCGACAACUUCCGAGAGAGCUUCAAUCGCAAGUCGUUGUUAUUGAAGACCCGUUCCCCAUCGAACUCUGGACCGACACCGAGCAAUGGGGCGUCGUCAAGGCAAAACAGGAGGAGACUGAGGAAUGUGAAGAGCCGGAUCCAGCACAGGUUCAAGAAGCCCUAACGGCAUUGAACCAAGCACGACUCAAUCGCUACAACGGGAACCAUAAGAAGGCAGCCACGAUCAUCGAGCACGCCCUGGCCCUCAACCCGAAGCAUCCGGACAUCUUGGUAGAGUACGGACUGCACCUCGAGACGAGCGAGCGGCUUUUGGAGGCGGAUGGCUAUUGCGUGAGAGCGUUGUCUGUCGACCCACGGCAUUCAGAAGCAUUGGCUUGUCGCGAGAGAACCGAACCGCUUGUGUCGGCCUUGGAUGAGAAGAUGCUUCGCGAUAUUCGCCGCAAGCGGGACAACUUUCUCGAUCUCCCAAAAAGCGCAACGUUGCGGCGAGCGAUGAGGGAGAGCUACUUCUCUCACAUUUACCACACGGUGGCGAUCGAGGGUAACACGCUGUCGCUCGGAGAGACCAGAUCAAUCCUCGAGUCUGGUAUGCCGGUGCCCGGGAAGAGCAUACGGGAGCAUAAUGAAGUGUUGGGCAUGGACUCAGCCCUUCGUUUCCUCAACCGUUCACUCAUCCACUUGGCCGACGUUACAUUGGAGGACAUCCUGGAAAUGCACCAACGUGUCCUCGGACACGCUCAGCCAUUGGACGCCGGCCGACUUCGUGAUACGCAAGUCUACGUAGGGAGAUUCACCCCGGUGGCACCGAAGUAUGUGAAGGAGCAAAUGCUCGAGUUAGUGGAUUGGCUGAAUGAGCCGUCGAAUCAAGACAUGGAUCCGGUCCAGCUGGCCGCUAUCGCCCACUAUAAAUUGGUCGUCGUCCACCCCUUCGUUGACGGGAAUGGACGCACCGCCCGGCUGCUACUAAAUCUUAUUCUUAUGAAGGCAGGUUUCCCGCCGGUGAUCCUUCCAGUCAGCACGAGAGCAGAGUAUUAUGCUACGUUACAAACUGCAAAUAAUGGUGACCUGCGCCCCUUUGUUCGCUACGUGGCUAGGCAUGUCGACAGGACGCUACAGACUUACAUAAAUCUUGUGUCAACGUGCCCGGAAGAGCCGUGUGCCGAUCAGGGAGCCAUCGAGGAGGAAACUGAUGAAUUUCGAACAAUAUCU